AACUGAACAGGUUUAAAGGUAUGAAGUGAAGAGGCGAGGGCAGUAGUGAGCGGACAGGCGGCACGGUGGGAUGGAAGGGUCCCUCGUCCUCUCCUUGUGUUCCCUGGCGGUGGUGUUCACUGCCGCCACAGAUGCGAGUCGCAUUGUGUUUCCUGUUAGUGUGACUCUGCAGGAAGGGGACACCUGCACCUUGCAUUCAGGUGCGACAGGCAGGUGUGCGGACAUACGUCACUGUGACUAUAUUGACGUGAACUUUCGCCAAAACCCGCCAGUCAGGUGCGGCUUUAACGGCAUAUAUCCUGUCGUCUGCUGCCCCAGUGCCUCGGGCGAAGGUCCCCAGCCCAUCACAGACAUAGCUCCGCCUAAUGUCACAUUUGACUGUACAAAAAGUGGAAAUAAUGACGAUCCGAUCAUAGAAGAUCACUUGAUAAAACACCAUGACAUACUGAUAGAGCUACAGCCAAGUGUAUAUCGUGUCACCGGGGCUUUUCCAGCAGAACAACACGCAUGGCCUUGGAUGACGCUUGUUGGGAGACGAAAAGGCAACGAUACUAAAUGGUUCUGUGGAGGAGCGUUGAUCAACGAGCAGUGGGUCCUGACUGCCCUUCACUGCUUAUUCGAGAGUCCAGACGUGGUACGUCUUGGUGAACACGACUACCAAGACACAAACGACGGGGCACCUCACCAAGACUUUGACGUGGCGGAGACGGUUAUGUACCCUGGGUAUGCUCACCCUGAGGCCUACCAUGACCUGGCCCUGCUUAGGCUGUCUUCGAGGGUGCACAUACAGGAGAUCAUCAGCCCCGUGUGUCUCCCGUGGGGUGUGGAGAGUGAGAAGAACAUCACGGGACAUGCGGCGACGCUCACUGGUUAUGGCGAAACUGAAUUUGGUGGGGUACCAACCUCCUAUCUACAGGAGGUUCACAUGGUGGUGUUAGCAUCAGCCCAAUGUGACCAUAGCUACUCCAGCCUGCCCCGAUAUGCUAGGAUGUGGCCUCGAAGCAUCGGGGAGGAGACCCUGUGUGCUGGAGACCCUAACGGAGGCCCGGACGCUUGCAGGGGUGACUCCGGUGGACCUCUUGUGAUUCAGAAUGGCCUUGGAAGUUACGUAUUAGCGGGCAUAGUGUCGGCAGGCAAUGGCUGUGGACACAAGGACUACCCAGGACUGUACGCCAACCUGCACCACCCGCCCUAUCUCGCCUGGAUCAAAAAGGUUGCAUUCACCGUCUCAUAAAUUACAAACUGCUAUUCAACGAAAGUUUCAUGGUAAUUUAUAAAAUUGGAAGAAAACAUCUCAAGACGAAUAAAAAUGAUCUCAAU